AAGCAGCGUUAGCCCCAGCGGGAGCUACCAACGGAAAGAGUGGCUUUUUCCAACCCCGAAAGUAUAAAAGAGUAAAGACUGAUUUGCCUGGAGGAUCCGAUCACAUGGCCUCCUCUGCUCGGUCGGAUCAGGCACCCAUUCCUCUUCCUUCUGACCCAGGUGACAAGCCACUGGAUGAUGAAGCUCUCUUAAAAUUGGUUCCUAUCCAUAUUGUGACCCAUGCUUCUCAACUUCCCACUGCGUUUCUGGAGCCAUCGCCUGAAAGUCAAUUAGUCAUUGGUUUUGAUUGUGAGGGUGUUGACCUAUGUCGCCAUGGAACUCUCUGUAUCAUGCAGCUUGCACUUCCAGACGCUAUAUAUCUGGUUGAUGCUAUUCAGGGUGGAGAGAUGCUUAUGAGAGCCUGUAAGCCUGCACUCGAGUCUGCUUACAUCACAAAAGUUGUUCAUGAUUGCAAACGUGAUAGUGAGGCACUAUAUUUUCAGUUUGGCAUCAAGCUGAACAAUGUUGUGGAUACCCAGAUUGCUUAUUCAUUGAUAGAAGAGCAAGAAGGCCGAACAAGAUCACCAGAUGACUACAUAUCAUUUGUUGGCCUCCUUGCAGAUCCACGUUAUUGUGGCAUAUCUUAUCUUGAGAAGGAAGAAGUUCGCGUCCUCCUUCGGCAGGACCCCAAGUUUUGGACCCACAGGCCAUUAUCAGAACAGAUGGUCCGUGCAGCUGCAGAUGAUGUCCGCUUUCUUCUCCACAUCUAUCAUAAGAUGAUGGAGAAAUUGAAUCAAAGAUCUUUAUGGUAUCUUGCAGUUCGUGGUGCUCUGUAUUGCCGGUGUUUUUGCAUCAAUGAUAAUGAUUAUGCUGAUUGGCAAUCUCUUUCUCCCAUUCCAGAUAAUGUUUUGAUGGAGGGAAAUGCUCCUGAGGAGGAAAUCCUUUCAAUCCUAGAUGUUCCCCCCGGAAAAAUGGGACGUGUUAUUGGGAGAAAAGGAGCUUCCAUUUUGGCAAUAAAGAAAUCUUGCAAUGCUGAAAUUCUCAUUGGAGGUGCUAAAGGGCCACCUGACAAGGUAUUCAUCAUAGGACCAGUGAAGCAGGUGAGGAAAGCAGAAGCUAUUUUAAGGGGAAGAAUGUCCUUUUGAUCUCGAACUCUCUUUAAAACAAAAACGAGAGAUUCUGAAAAUUAACUGUUGUGCUGUGUAAAUGGUUUUAGUUUGUUGCUUGGGUGUCGGAAAAUGGUUAUUGUACUCUCGGUUGAGGAUCUGCUCCAUUUCUAAUCUAAUUAGGACAUGGA